AUGAGACGUCCGGCUUUGGUGUGCCUGGCCGUCUCGUUGCUGACGGCGGCUGCAGCGCUCGCUGCAUUCCUAUGGGCAAGACUCCACCCAGCUCCCCCGGCCCGCAGUUCUACCCUUCGGCUGUCGACGAAUGUGUCGAGCGUCGUUGCCGGCGGAUUUGUCCCCAUCUUCUGGACCGGCGCUGAUUCCCGAAGCUCAAACGACUGGAUCGGCUUCUUCGGCAGCCUCCCUAUCACCCAGGGCACCCUGAUGAGCGAGCUUUGGCAGUUUACCCACGGCGGCAUCGACCCGCUGGACCAGCCAUCACCGACCAACGGCUCUGUCUUUGUGCGUGCUCCGGCUUUGCCAGGGAUUUACUCGGCCUUCUACUGCCUCAACAGCUCUUUCACCUGCGUCGCAUGGAUGGACAUUCAGGUUGUCCCGCCGUCGCCGACGUGCCGACCGCCUGGAGACACAGCAUCCUCCAUCAAGCACACCAUCGUCGUCAUAUCCGAGAAUCACUCCUUCGACAGCUACUUUGGGCUCUACUGCCAGGCCCCCUUUGGAAGUGCGCCCAACUGCACCGCCGGCAGAAGCUGCUGCGAAACCGCCCUGGGGCCAGUCGCAGCCCCGCCAGUCUUUCUCAACGACUCCACCAACCUGGCCUUCGAUCCCUGCCAUACAAACGAGUGCGAGACUUGUGCCAUGAACGGCGGCAUGAUGAAUCGCUAUCUGUCGUCCGGGGGAUGCCCGGGCUCCGACAAUCGAACCUAUGCUCUGGCUGACGGCUCGGCGACAGGCGGCUCCAAGUACUGGCAGUGGGCCCAGCAGUAUGCCAUGGCCGACCGCUUUUUCCAGUCGUCGCCGGGGGCAUCGGGCCAGUCCGACAUGUUCUUUGCCCGCGGCACUUGGGUCUUCGACGACAACGAGGUCGAUCCUCCAGGGGCGCCCUGUGCUUCCUUCACAAGAGCGUACUAUGAACCCACGAUCGCCGAUUUACUGCUGGGAUGCGGUGUCUCGUUCACGUUCUAUGCCGAGGGAUACGACCAGAGCCGGUCGUCAGGCCGGUGCUGGCCCAACUACUACGACCCGGGGGACGACCCUUUCCAGUACUAUCCAAGCCUGACGGGCUCGCCGAACGCCAGCGUCAUCUUCCGGGAUCUACAAGAUUUGUUCGGCGACAUUGCGGGACAGACACUACCUGCUGUCUCCUUCGUCAAGCCUCUCGGUAUCCACUCGGAGCAUCCUGGGUCGUCGACCAUCUCGGCGGGCGAGGCGUUCAACGAAGCCAUCAUCGACGCCGUGCUUGCUUCUCCGACAUAUCGCAACUGUACGCUGGUUAUCCUGGUCCCCGAUGAGUCCGGGGGCUUUCGAGACGGUGUGGCUCCUCCGCCGACCAAUCCGAUUGAUCAUCGGCCGUACGGGCCACGCACUCCCUUCGUUGUCAUUGGAUACGCCGCCAAGCAGAAUUACGUCUCGCACGAGCAGCUUGAACCGGCCAGCAUCAUUCGGUUCCUCGAGAGCAACUAUCUCGGCGACCCUGAGCCUGGGCAGCUCAUGACACGGGAUGUCAUUGCCAACAACAUUGGGUCGCUACUCGAUGCGAACAAAACACGGUUCCGCUUUCGUUAG